AUGCCAUCCUCCUGGAACCCGGACGACCCUCCCGCCGAGCUUCCCCCCUACAUCCUCGCCUUCGUAAGCUGCCGUCUGGGCGCGUCUGAGGCAUGUAUUCAGCAGCUUUGGACCGCGGUUGGAGCUUGGGUUUGGGCCGACGGAGCCGAUAUCCUUGAGGACAGUGCCGCCGGCGAGGAGGGGUUGGUAGACGGAUGGUUCACCAAGGAGCCGGACCAGCUCUUGUCGGAGCACAUGCUCUACCCAUCUGUUCGUGUCUGCACAGACCCCUCUUGCGCUGGCCACGGGCGCGCUCUUCGCUUGUACGAUGCCCCAAACUCCGUCCAGGUCUUUACCAUGACCCGUGGCGCGUACGAUGCACACGCGGUGCACCUCACUUGUAAAAAAUGCAAAGCGCUAUAUUACCCGAACUAUGUCGUACGAGAUGACGUCCGCCAAUACUACGCAGGCAUCCCCGACUAUAUCCAAGUAUCCGGCCACAAGUAUAUCGAACGCGCCGUACUCGAACAUUUCACUAUGCUCUCCGUCCUGUCAUGGACCUCCUCCACGAACACCGCGCACAUAUACCAUCAAUCCAUGGCCAAGCUCGGUGGCGACAUGCCCGAGGACUCGCGCUUCCGCCUGCAGGGUACUCAUACCUCGGACGGGCUCCUCAUUCUGGCGCUGCUGCGGGACAGCGCGGAUCGAGGGCAGGUUCUCGCGGUACCCAACGGCGGACACCAGAAGGAGCGCUUUACAGCGGCGAUGCGAGCACGCACACGACGCAUCCAGCGGUCGGGGCAGCCGGAGCAAACACACUGGUGCACUAAAUGCGUCCGCCGUUUCGAUGAUCCCGACGGCGUAACACGGUAUGUGGACUGCGUUAUCACAGACGGCAUCGACGUCGGGCGGCCGUGCUGCGGAGUCCACAACUGCCGCCGGGAGCUACGGACGCCUCAAGACCGCUGGUGCGCGGGCCACCAGAGCUGGGAGCUUCUAUGUGUGGUGGAUGGUUGUUCCGUCCCUCAUCGCCUGGGCUGCCGGACUUGUGAGCUCCACGCGUCUGUUGAGGAGCAUUUCUUGGCGACAAGCAAAGCGAUAUUCACGCUGCGCGCACGGCUGCAGCGGGCACAGGUUGCACACCCCACGGACGCCAUCGCCCCGGAUGCCGCCGUCGAUGAAGACAUCGAGGCCGAGGUACCUGGGCCUUGUCCCGACAAGACGGCGGAAGGGAACCACCGCGUCCGGGCGCGGUUCGGACGGCGGCGGACUCACAACGAGCAGCUAAUCGUACGUCCGUGUGGAAUCAUCACGUCCAGGGAGACGUUCUACGGCGCCGAGAGCGUUCCCCAAGUUGUGGACAUGAUCAAGAAGAAGCAUCUGGUCCCCGGCUCCAUGCCGCGCUACGUAUGGUACGACAACAAUUGCGGCCUGUUCAAGUACUGCGCCGCCCGCGCGGGCGAGCGCCUCCAUCUCGACGUCGGCCUACCGGUGGACGUCUUCCACUGGAAGUGCAAGCACAAGAAGACAGAUAUCGAGUGCUCCUUCCAUUGCAACCCGCACCUGUUUCAAGAGCUCCUCAAGGAUGACAACACCUGGUUUUUCAACUCAUCGCGCGCCGAACAGACCAAUGUCUGGUUCGGGGGGUAUCAUGCGAUCGUCCGGGAGAUGGGGGCGGUGAAGUACGAGUUUUUCCUUGAUGAGAUGAUAUUGCAAAAGAACAAGUUGACGCGGGCAAAGCUCGAGGCGGAGGGGUGCAUUCCAGGAUACCGCCGAGACCUCCGCUUUGCCAGUACCUGGGUACCUACGUAG